AUGUUAACAGGCUUUAUAUUUGUAUGCUUUUGCAUACUGACUUGGUUAACGAAUACAUGCCUCGGUUUCAAAGCGGAACCAUAUUCUUUCACGAAACCAGAGCUACACAAGUAUAGGGAACAAGUACGAGAACUAUUCUACCACGGAUUUGAUUCAUACCUAAAGUAUGGGUACCCAUUCGAUGAAGUAAGGCCGAUAUCUUGUAAACCGAAGAAACGAAAGUUUGACAACCCGCAGGAUACUAUAACCAAUGACGUGUUAGGGAACUUUACUACUACUUUGGUGGACUCUUUAACGACCCUUGCGGUGUUGGGAGACAAGGAACGGUUUACCGAGUCCUUGGAACUUUUCAGGAACACGGUUCCUGACUCGUUUGAUCUUGACUCAACAGUACAAUUAUUUGAGACUACAAUUCGGUUAUUGGGCGGGAUGAUGUCUGCUCAUAUAUAUGCGACGGAUCCUCGCACAAAGGUUUAUCUGGGCAAAAAGAAGUACGAUGGGUUCUUGUUAAAACGGUGCAUUAUUUUGGCAGAUAAGCUUUUGAUGGCGUACCUUUCACCAACAGGAUUACCAGUUCCAAGAAUUAACCUAAGAUAUGGAACUUCAAUUGAUCCAGGAUUACUAGAUGAGAACAACGCUGCUGCAACUGCAUCUCCGAUGUUCGAGUUCAGGCUUCUUUCAAUGUUGACUUUGAACGAUACUUACAGGCAAGUAACUGAGUUUGCGUUCAACAGAACAUGGGACCUCAGAUCGGACCUAAAUCUACUCCCAAUGUCGUUCAGCCCGUAUGAUACUAUGGUUUUCAACGAUAUUAGUGGCACCGGUGCCUCAAUAGAUUCAUUUUAUGAGACAGCAUUGAAGGGCUCUAUUCUUUUUGAUGACCCGUGGCUCUACAAUGUGUGGGAAACAUCGAUUCAUGCACUAGAUGCAUAUUCUAAGACAGAUUGGUUUUACAGCAAUGUUGGAACGUCACAUGGAAAGACAGUUAUGCUGUGGAUCGACUCCUUAAGCGCCUUUUUCCCCGGUUUGUUGACUUUAGAUGGACGGAUCGAGAAUGCGGCCAAGAAACAUAUGAUGUUUUCAAAGCUAUGGUCAACUUACGGCGGCAUACCGGAAAGGUGGAAUUUCGACAUUGGAGUAUCUUCUGCUGAAGGAGGAGUACAGUCUGCUGGGAAAACCAAAUCAGUGAUGGAUAAAUACGCAGCUAUUCCUUCACCCUUGGAUUUGGAAUGGUACCCUUUAAGGCCUGAAUUUAUAGAGUCAACGUAUUAUCUUUACAGAGCUACCAAGGAUGUGUACUAUUUGAACGUUGCAGUGCGGAUACUGGACGAUAUAACGAACAGGUUCAAGGCAAAGUGUGGGUUUACUGGUUUCCAAAAUGUGUUGACAGGAGAGAAACAGGAUAGAAUGGAGUCAUUUGUGUUGGGCGAGACUUUGAAGUACUUGUAUUUGAUUUUCGACGAGGAGAAUGAGCUGCACAACAAACUUUGGAAUCACGUCUUCAGCACAGAGGCCCAUCCAUUCUGGAUAAACGACAAACUAAAGAACCAAUAUGAGUUGCACAAACGAAAAACACGCGGCAGGCUGCAUGUUUCCGAGAUGUACAAGUUCCACUUGAUGAAAGCGGCUUACACAAUGAUGGGGAGCAAGGGGAAGAAGAAUUCAAAAUCAUCAUCGUCGUCUGUGAUUCCAGAAUUGCCGUUACAGCUAGAGGGCCAAUGCGAUUUCGUAGGUCAAAUGAACACAGCUUUCCAGGAAUCGAACAUUUUGUCAAGAGACGACUUGUUUGAAAUUGAUUUCCGGUACUGGCCUUCACUCCAGCAACCAAAAUGGAACAAGGGCUACGUAUCUCUUGAGCUGACCCCACAGCUCUACAAUCUAUGGAAAGGCAGGGGUAAACUUGGCAAUCAACAUAAAUGUGCUGUGCCUAAAACACGAGUGUUCGAGGGAAUCAUAAGCGAACGUACACUUCGCUCGCGCCUCAUCAACACUCAUCGUCUUUGGGGCCCCUCAGACUCACCAGCCGUAUACCGCUUCGACUCCAUCACAGGACUACGCAUGAGAUUUUACGAGCAAAACUUAAGCAUACACACAAAACGUAACGAUCCACUCGUAUACGACGUGGUCAACUGGAAAUCAUGUCUUCCAGAUACAUCAAACAACGUCCCCCCGGUCUUGUACACUGCCAUAUUUAUCGAUGGUACAGAAUUGACGGACAACGACGUAGUUCUGGUCAACAGAUCUGCGCUUCUCACUGCGCAAAGCGUCAAAUACCUCUCCAUGAACGCAAAUCACCAGCUACUCAUCAACUGCAUACCAGUCUCCAACAUAUAUCUUGAGUAA